AACGUACGUGUCAGUGUGUAUUUGUUGUCCGUGGGAUUUAAAAUGAUUUGAUUAUACUCUGACAUGUCAGUUAGGUGGUUAAAAAAGGGGGAGACGAAUGUACCAAUUUUGCAGCACAUGGAGGAUAAUUAGCUCCAAAGCUAAAAAGAUAACGCCAAGACCUCUGUGGUGGUCAGACAGCUGUCACACGGGUCCUGAUGUUGUUUUACAGCCGAACAAAGCAAAAGGAGCCCCAAAUACUCAGGUAACCAAAACACGCAAAAAGCAAAUAUCUUCAUGUCAACCAGUGCUGGACCAUUUUGACCAGCAAUACAGUCAGGAACUUGGAGACUUGUGGACACCUGCAAGAGCAGUGCUCCUGGACCCUCACUCCUGGCAAUAUGGGGUCAUGCUCAACCGCUUCACUACAGUGACAAACAUCAAACAGACUCUCCAAUCAAAGGGAUUUUCCACAUUGCUGCCUCAAACAGAUGCCUCCACACUGUGUUGUGAUGUCCCCACAGCGUCUAAAUCUAUAUCUCAAGAUGAAAAAUGCCCUGUUUUGCCACCUCACUGCAUCUCCAAGUGUCCUUCUGAUGACUCCCAUGUUCAGCUUGUCAGCAGCUCUCAUGCGCUCAGUCAGCUGCCUCAAUCAGAGUCUUCACUCAGAUUGCCCUGUUCUUCACUACAGUGUUACAUCCACCCAUAUCCAGUGUGUUUCCCCUCCCAGGCUCACAGGCCUGGUCAACUGAAGCAGUACUAUCUCCUGAAUGCUGCAUCCCUGCUUCCAGUGCUGGCGCUGCAAGUCAGAGAUGGAGAGAAGGUUUUGGAUCUUUGCUCUGCCCCUGGGGGCAAAGCUUUAGCCAUAAUGCAGUGUGCUACCCCAGCAUUUCUCUGCUGUAAUGAACCAGAUCCACACAGACGAGACUGGCUGGCUAAAACCCUGGAGUCUUUUCUGCCUCACUCAUUAACUAGCAGAGUGAUUGUGUCUGCACAGGAUGGACGGUCUUUUGGGCAAAGUGAAGAGGGGACAUAUGACAAGGUCUUAGUCGAUGCUCCUUGUUCUAAUGACAGGAGCUGGUUGUAUUCUUCCAGUGGCCAACAGGGGGAACAGAGACUGAAAGAAAGAGCCCGGCUGCCUGUGCUCCAGGCUCAAUUACUCAGGUCUGCACUGUCAGCCGUGCGUCCAGGGGGCGUUGUGGUUUAUUCAACUUGCACACUGUCCAGCUCUGAGAACUAUGCUGUGGUUGAGACAGUGCUGAAUGACUGUCCUGAGGCUGAACCUGAAGACCUGUGGGAGGAGAUUGCUGUUCCUUUAUCAAACUGCUUUACAUUUAGUCCAACUCACCGUGGUCAUGAACAGACACCUCACAAGCCAUCCCUGCAGUCACAGUACGGCGCCAUGUCCACUUAUCACCACAGACUCGGCAUACUAGUGGUUCCUCAGCCUCGGAAAACCUGGGGACCGAUGUUUUUGUCUCGCAUUAGAAGGAGGAAAUAGUGUUUGUCUUCCUGAGCAGAAGAGAUGUGUGAAAACAAGUAGAUACACUUCAUGUGUACAACUUUUGUUUUGUUUUUCUAGAAAUAAAACUAAAAUACCUCACUCAAUUGGGUUUUAAUUCUCAAAACUACCAGCAUGUGCCAAUCUAUAGGACAAGAAAGAAAAUAAAAGCAGAUUAGACAUGCUGUUGCACACACAUCAAUGUCACCACUUACAGUAAAAACAAAAAAAGUAAUGAGUGUUAAAGCUUUUCUUGUUCAUAGCUGCUGUUUAAUUUUUAUAGUAGAUGUUUCUGUUAUCGACAUAAACAUCAACAUCUGGCUAUCAACAUAAAAAAACAAUAGGAAAAGAAUAUCAAUUACAUUCACACUGAACUCCAGUGAUCUGCAUCAAAAUAAACCUUAGUCAAUUUACUUUUUUGGUUUUCUUUUCACUGACUUCUCUAUGCAUUUUACUGUAUUUAUUUAUUGAUUAUAACCCUUCCUUUCCUCUCUGCUGACAGUAUCAAAAAGGAGGGUCUUUAAAAACAGAGAAUACAAUAUGACACUUAGAGAUGUGCACUCUGUAUCGUCCCCCAAAAAUAUGCUUCAAGAAAACUCAGUACUCAUACUUGUACUGCAGUUGUAACACUCAUUUGCUGCAGCUGUCACAUGUAAAAAUUGCAGAGGCUGUUGCAUGCAUGUUCACUUCUGCAGACCAUAUCUGCUUCUGUUUUCUUUCCUAUAGUUGGUGCAGGUUGAACUGGACUGGGUGUUAGGUGUUUCACAUCAAUUACACUGUAUCCUCUUAUAAACAAGUUGACUUCAAUUUUCUAAGAUGUAAUAUUGUCAUAUUAAACAUUCAUUCACCAUUUAUUCUGUAAGAACCUGGUGUGAGUUUUCUAAAUACCUCAUUUGAGGCUCA